CACGUGUUUGUUUCUGUUUAGUUCCUGUCUGCCCUUAUUUGGUUCAGUUCCUGUUCUCAUUUAGUUAAUCAUCUUUCAUUAGUUUCCACCUAUGUUGUAUUAAUCAUCUUAUUAGUCCAUCGUUUGGUUUUGUGUAAAUAGCCCUGCCUUUCCUCAGUUUCUUUGUUCUGUUUCCGUCAUGUAAAAAGGUUGUUUUCUCCUGGGUUUUCCCAAGUGGAUUUAUUAAAAGACUCUGUUUAUUUGAUAUCUGCCUCCUUCGCACUCCUUCAAGCUCCUUCGCCUGGCAACCCGUGACAGAAGACAGGACCUACCAAGAAGAUGAACUGGGCUGAAGACUUACUUUCCUCCAUCCGGCAAGAUGGUCGUCCUCUGGAGCGAUAUGUGGAAGAGUUUGUGGAAUUCUCCCAUCUGCAAUUAAGCACUCCAACUCACCCCAAGCCUGCUACCAAAACCUCCACAUACUUGAACAUUGGGAUCAUCUCCUUCGCUCCAGAGGCAACUCCAGUUCCAGAAUCCGCUCCAGUCUUCAGACCAGUAAAAGUGUCGGCGCCAGUGCGCCCUCCGGAGUCGGCUCCAGUACAUGUCCCUGAACUUAUGGAUAUGGCGCUCCCUCCAGAGUUCUUGGCCCCUAUCCUCUCACCACUGUCAGCUCCAGCACCUGAGUUCGCUCCAGUGUCGGCUCCAGCCCCUAAGCCUUCUUCGUCUCCGCUGGUCCCAUCCAGCUCUCCUUCGUCUCCUUCGUCUCCUUCAUCUCCGCUGGUCCCGUCCAGCUCUCCUUCGUCUCCUUCGUCUCCUUCACCUCCGCUGGUCCCAUCCAGCCCUCCUUCGUCUCCUGAGCCCCCUGUGUUAGCGAACUCCGCUCCUCCAGAGCCGGCUCCUCGAAAGCGCCCUCCAGAGCGCCCUCAAUUCCUGUCUGACCUUAUUUGA